AUGAUGAGAGAUACUGCUUUGCUGUUUGGAGACCGGCUACACCGUGAUGUGCAACUCAUGGUGGAUCUAGGUAGUGCCAUGGCAGAUGAACGUUUGCCCGCUGAGCCCGGGGCACCAAGCCCACGGCAGCGCAUUGACAGAUGCGUCCAGGCUCUGAAGGAUGCCGCGGGCGAAGAGGUCUUGGCCAACGCCGCCGGUGUUGUGGCCAUGUUCACGGCGAUGACUAUGGUGGUGGAUGCCACCUGGGAAGAGAAACCUGGCAGCGUUCUGUCCUUGCAUUCAAGGAUAGCCAGGGAACCAGGAUGCUUCAGAGCCGGUCCCGGUCCUUUGAACGAUGUGUACAGCGUAGGAAAGCAGGAGGCCAUGAAGGCGGCCAACGACAAGCUCUUGAAGCACCUUUGUGGCCAGGGUGACUUCCUGCAGAGCAAGAGACGCUGCCUCGUUGUGCAUGAGACGUUCUUUUGCCUGGCCAACUGCGCAGGUUGCCUGGAGUUCCAUGCCAAGGGGCGAGAGAAGAAGGUGAAGGACGCUUGGGCGGAAAUUUUUGAAGAAGACCACACCUUCGGCACCGCGCAGGACUGUGCAGGUCUUGGGGUUCUCGUCCAUGCGGUGGCCAACCAGCAGCACGUGCUCACGGAGAAGUUUUACUUCCAAGCCGCGGACUUCUUGUGGAAGGUCCUGUCCGAUGCAGGCGAACUGCCCGAGGCUGUGAAACAGCUGGAGGGCAAGGAGCUAAAGGAGGAAAAGUGCAUUCGCCUCUGCGAGCUGCUGGACGUCAUCGCCGCCAGUGCCGGCGUCAGGUCCUACCACCGGGCCAUGGGACUUCCCAUGCCGCAGCUGCCGCAGCUGCCGCCGGAGGAUCAGGCGCCACUCUUCAGUCGCGUCACCGAGAUUUGUUCCAGCGGCCUGCGGUGGGAUCCGGCCAUUGCCUGGGCACCGCGCAUGCAGGGCAAAGAUGUGAACCUGAAGGUCUACAAGAAGUUGGGCAUGGAACGGAGCCCGGUGAUCGCGGGGAUGAGCUCCCCAGAGAAUCCCAACAGCAAGUGGGAAGGAGCAUUGACGACGGCGUACCACUGGUUCCAUUGGACCUCCGUGGCAUAUCCCCCGAAUUUCGCCCUUUUUCAGUUGAAACCCUUCGUGGGUUCCAAGAUCAGCCGUGCUGACAUGGAGAGCAUUGCGUCAGCCUACACUACUGGAAUUCAUUGUGUUUUCUGA